AUGAUUAUGUAGUAGUUGGUGGUGGGUUUGUUUUUCAUAUAUACUCGAAGCCGACUCUCUCACAAAAUUAUUCUCAAUUUUAAGGAACUAAUAAUACUUGUUAUUACAUCAACAAACCUGGAGUGGAAGAAAGGGAAAGUGAGUAGCUUGUUGAGGGGAAGAUUAAAGCUGAAACCCAUGCCUUUGAAUAUACUUCAUGAUGCUGAUGGUUUUCCCAGGCUUAUCUUGACUGAGCCUGCUGGUUCAUCAGCCGAGGUCCUUCUGUACGGUGGGCAGGUUGUUUCGUGGAAGAAUGAACGCCGGGAAGAAUUACUUUUUAUGAGCAGCAAGGCUGUUUGGAAGUCGCAUAAAGCCUUCAGGGGAGGUAUAUCAGUCUGCUUUCCACAGUUUGGAAAUCUUGGUUUACUUGAACAACAUGGAUUUUCAAAAAACAAAUUGUGGUCAUUGGACAGUGAUCCUUCUCCGUUGCCGCUAGUGAAUCAUCAGUCAUCCGUGGAUCUGAUCUUGAAGUCCACAGAAGAGGAUCUGAAGACAUGGCCGCGUAGCUUCGAAUUGCGGCUUCGUAUCACUCUGAGUCCCGGCAAGCUUACUUUGAUACCACGUGUGAGAAAUAUAGAUAACAAGGCUUUCUCUUAUAAUUUUGCACUUUGCAACUACUUGUCCGUAUCAGAUAUCAGUGAAGUGCGCGUUGAGGGCUUGGAGACGCUCGAUUACUUUGAUAAUCUAAUGCGAAGAGAAAGGUUCACGGAGCAGGCGGAUGCAAUUACUUUUGAUUCUGAGAUUGAUAGAGUAUAUUUGAGCACUCCUACAAAGACGGCUAUUAUUGACCACGAGAAGAAGAGAACUUUUGUGCUGCGGAAAGAUGGCAUGCCUGAUGCAGUUGUGUGGAAUCCAUGGGACAAAAAGGCGAAGGCUCUGCAAGAUUUGGGGGAUGAGGACUACAAAAGCAUGUUACGAGUGGAUUGUGCUGCUAUUGAGAACACAAUUAUCUUGAAACCUUUUGAAGAAUGGAAAGGGUACCAAGAACUGUCUACUGUGUCAUCAAGCUACUGCAGCGGGCAGUUGGAUCCUAGGAAGGUUCUUUAUGGAUUUUAGACAUCUUUUACUUAAACUACAAAUUGUGUAACAUAUGUAAGAACUUCUUGUGUCUAACUUCAUGAUACUGCGCACCUGUCGAUACAGUGAUUUAUAAUAAAUCAGUUUUGCUCAAA